AUGAAAAAAGGAUCUUGUCCCCGUUCCGCUCCAGACAAUUUAGUGAAGUCAAAUCUAGACGGUAACAGCAGCAAUGAAGCCUCAGUGAAAGAGAAAAAUGUGCUUUCCUCUUCUGACAAACUGGAAAACGUACAGCUGAAACCCAGCAGAGAAACAUCCAGGAAAAAACUCUGUGGCUAUUUAAAUAAACUGGGCAUCAAGGGACCAAUAAAGACCUGGAAGUCUCGCUGGUUCUUUUAUGAUGAAAACAAAUGUCAUUUACUCUACUACAGAACUGCACAGGACAUCAACCCUUUGGGGUCUAUUGACCUCUGUAGUGCCAACUUUGACUGCAAGGUGGAAAAUGGAGAAGGGGUUUUUGAGAUCAGAACACCAAACAGAGCUUUUACUUUGAAGGCAAUCAGCAAACAAGCAAUGAUGUACUGGCUGCAGCAGCUACAAAUGAGACGUUGGGAAUUUUGCAAUGCUCAGAGCAGAUUUCCUAUGGGCAGCUCCCAGCUUGUGAAUGAACCUCUGGCUGGCAGAACAAAUGUUGCUGACAGUGAAAACUUUCUGCCUCCGGUGAAAACACCAACAGAAGCAGUGGGUUUAAAGGCAGCGGCUUUGCCUGCACCGCAAACAUCUACUGCUUUGCAGAACAUCUCCCUUAAGCACCCUUGGACAGAGAUACAAAACACUGUCUACAAUAUCUGUGGCUCCAAGCAGCUGUGGGGGAACAAUGGGAACAUCUUUAGCUUCAGUGAAUUCCAGGAGCAUCCUGAGAACCUGGAUGAGGAGCAAGAGGCAGAAGUGGAGUCAGGGUGUGCAGUUAAGGAGGAAAUCCUGGAGGAUGGAAGGAUGGAGCCCAGGUUGAACUGGGUUAGGAAAGCCAGGUGGAUGAAGAGUGGCUUCCCAGGCUUGCCUGAAGAGCUGUCCAGAGAGAGGAACCCAAUGGAUAAAGUGAGUGUCCUACAGCAACAGAUCCUGACACUCACAGAGGAAGUCAAGUCACAGAGGGAGCUGGUUAAACUUCUCCACAAAGCUCUGGAGGCAGCCCAGCAGGAGAAGCGAGUAUCUAGCAUGUAUCUUACCGCAGCAGAAGAUAAGGACAGGCUGGAGCUGGUGCGCCACAAAGUGAGACAAAUUGCAGAUCUCACCAGUCGACUGGAAGUUCUUGAGCAAGAAAAGAAGGAGCUGGAACAGAUACUGACUCUGAGAGACAGCCACAUCCAGGAACUCAAGGAGCAUGUGCAGCUUCUGAUGGAUAGGAACCAUGCCAAACAGGAAGUCAUCAUGACCUUGACGGAACAAAUGGCUCGAGAGCUCUCUGAACCUCUGCAAGAAGCCAACACUAUCACUGCAGAUACACUGUAUAAGCAGCAGGAGGAGAUUGAGCACCUGAAGGAUGAUAUUGAUGCCUACAAAACUCAGAACCAGUUUCUGAACUCGGAGAUCCACCAGGUUACUCGACUCUGGACAAGGGUUGCUGAGAAUGAAAAAGCCCUUCUGAUGAAGUGUGCCUGCCUGCAAGCACGAAACUGUCAGAUGGAGAGCAAAUACCUGACAGUCUUGCGGAAGCUGCAGGAGGCUGUGCCUGGCCUGCCCAGCUCCCAUGCAGAGCUGGUGAAGAGCCUCAUCCAGGAAGCGCUCCAGUGGGAUGUGAAGGAAGAAGCAGAAGAAAGUUUUAACCUGAACCCUGUAAGUGAGUAUGAUGAGUAUGGGUUCAUGACCAUACCUGAAUAUGAAGUUGAGGACUGGAAACUUCUGGCCAAAAUCCAAGCCCUGGAGAUAAAGUCCAACAACCUGCGGAGCCAGGAAGUAGUGGAGAAGCCCCUCCGUGAGAGGUGGAACAGCAUUGGAGAGCUGAGCCCCUCUGCAGAGCUGAAAUGCCUCAUCCGAAGUGGCAUUCCAGUGGAGCAUCGGCAACGGGUUUGGAGGUGGAUGGUCAGCCGGCACUGCAGCCAUCUGCCUGACCACUACCAGCGACUGUUGCGACAGAGCAAGAGCACUGAGCAUCCUGCCUGCCGGCAGAUUGAGCUUGACCUGCCCCGCACACUGACCAACAACAAACAUUUUUCCUCUCCCACCUCCCAGCUCAUCCCCAAGCUCCGGAGGGUGUUGCUGGCAUUCUCCUGGCACAAUCCUGCCAUUGGAUACUGCCAGGGACUGAACAGAUUGGCAGCUGUUGCCCUCCUGGUCCUGCAAGAUGAGGAAAGUGCUUUCUGGUGCCUGGUCCAUAUUGUGGAGAACCUAAUGCCGGCAGACUACUACAGUGACACACUGAUAACAUCACAGGUAGAUCAGAGAGUCUUCAAAGACUUCCUGUCAGAGAAGCUGCCUCGCCUCAUGGCUCACUUUGAGCAGUAUAAAAUUGAUGUCUCACUCAUCACCUUCAAUUGGUUUCUGGUGGCCUUUGUGGACAGCCUGGUCAGCGACAUCCUUCUGCGAGUGUGGGAUGCUUUCUUGUAUGAGGGAACUAAGGUGAUUUUCCGCUAUGCUCUUGCAAUUUUUAAAUACAACGAGGAGGAAAUCCUAGGAAUUCAUGACAGUGUGGAGAUCUACCAGUACCUAUGCUUUUUCACGAGAAUGAUCAUGGAUGGCAGGAAGCUGAUGAACAUUGCCUUCAAUGACUUGAACCCCUUUCCUAUGAAACAGCUGAGGAACCGGCGGUCAAUGCACAGGGAAGAGUUGGAGGCAGAGCUUUGUGAGCUGGAACAGAUCAAGGCGGCCUAUGUAAAAGAGAGAGCAGAACAGGGGCCUCAGGACCUGAAGGAGGUUGUUAGUGAAGAGGAAGAAGACAUUUGACAAAAACAGAGUUCCCCAUCGCUUCCCUCCCACCUUGCAGAAGGUCUUUAGUAGCAACUGUCUGUAAAAGAUGGAGCAGAGGGGAAAAGGUGGUCACAGCAGGAGUUCAUCUGGCCCAGGAAACAAGCCUGUAGGUAUAGGAUCAUCUGGGGACCAAGCCAGACUUUGUAAUGGAUUGGA